UUUAGAAAGUCAUUUAGCAAUGCUAUUAUGCUUUCCUAAGAGAAAAUAACUUCUUUUAUUUCUUGGGUUUUAUAGUCCUUUGAUAGAGCUCCCUCUCAGUUUGCACCCUUCCCUCACCAUUGCCAAUUAAUGUUUUAGAGAUAUUUGGUUUAUAGGCCUCUUUUAUAAAUACUAUCCUACUUAAUCCUUACAAGUCUGUGAGGUAGAAUCCAUUAGUUUAAGGUGCCUAGUGUAUAUCAGGUGCUUUUCCAAGUUCUAGAGAUUUAGGGAUGAAUAGGUGAUCUUUACCUUCAAGAAGUUCUCAGGGAGAUAACCUAGUAAACAAAUACAAUUGCAAUACAGUGAAGUAAAUGUUAGAGCCCUAAGAACUGUGUUGGGACUAGUUUUAGGGUGAGUUAAGGAAAAGCUCGCUAAGAUAAAGAUUCUUAAGCUUGGUGUGGAAGGAUGUGUUAGAACAAAGAAUAUUGGUGUUUCCCACCAGGGGAGAGGGCCAGGAUGUCUAAUGGCACAGUUGUGAAAUUGCAUGGCAUGAGUAUAUGUGGGCAUCCAAGUUGUUAGGUAUAACUGGAGGUGAGACGUGCAGAGAAUCUAUAGGAGAGGAAGUUGGAGAGAAGCCAGGAUCCAGACAACAGAUUAGUUUGCAUCCCAUGGGAACAAUUUUUUUUUUUGAUCUUGUAUUCAGGAGAUAAAACCAUUAUUACCCUCAUUAUUAAUUUCCCUUUUGUUAUCCCAAGAGAAGGCUUUAUCUCAGUCCAUGUGUAAUAAGCAUCGUAGGGGAAGGCAAACAGUUCAGUGCCCACUAAGACUUUCUUUCUCAAUAGGGAGGAAGUUUUCAGGGACAAUUGACAAUGAACUUUUCUGGCUCUUGGGGUGAUGGAAAAUUUAUUCAGGCCCCUGGAAGUGGCCUGUGGUUAGAGAGAAUGAAGGUAGUAGUGAUCUCAGGAAAAGAAUGAAAAGACUUGGGAUGUCAGGGGUUGCAGGAAGUUCUGAUAAUAAUCUCUUAACUUGCUUGAAAUUAAAGUUGAAGUUAUAGUUGAAGAGACUCUUAAAGAGAUUUAAAGUCAGGUAUAGAAGGGAUUAUAAAAUCCAAUGUCAGGGAAUAGUAAAACUAUAAUGGGCCUAUGUGUGUAGUGUAUAUGGUGUUAUGUGAAGAUUGAUGUUGGGAAGUUAGUGUGGAAGCUUAAUUCCCAAUAAAGCAACAUAUAAUAUACUUGUUUAAAGAGGAUCUGUAAGUUAUGCCAUAUAUAAUCUUCUGGAAAAUACCUAUGAGUUUGGGGUUAUCUGAAAGAAUUCUUAGAAGGUGGUUUUGUUGAGUAGUGACUUUUGCUGAGUUCCCCUGUCACCUGUACCGAGGCGAGGAUCAGGUAGGCCUCAUCCGCUCAGGAGAAGUGCCAGUGAAAAAUUGGAAUUAGUGGAGAGAUUUUCAAUAUCUGCUAGAGGACAAAAAAAUAAAACACAAACCUGUGAUGCUCUACCCAUAUGUAAUACAACUGUGAGUUUCUCAGCCUUUUUCCCUUAGCCACAUCAUAAUCUUCAAGUUCUCUUUGUUGUUUGGUCAUGUCACUUUCAGAAAUGGCCCAGUUACUCCGGGAUGAAAAUUUCCCACCAUGGGGGCCAGCUUAUUUACUGUUGCCAUGGUUCAUUCUAUUUCUUAGGGAGGCGUGUAGUUUUAUUCUUAGAAUAUGAAUGUUUUUAGGCAUGUACGUAUGAAUGAGUAAAUCCUAAAGAAUUUCUACUGUGUUUCAUGACUUAAUAGAAUGAGGUUUUUCUGUUGGGGCAUUUUCUCACCUGGGGCAAUUUUGCUCCUUAGGGGACACUUAGCAAUUGGCUAGAUGAAGAUGUUUUUGUUUGUCAAGAUUGGGAGGGGGUAGUGCUGCUGGUGUUUAGUGGUUAAGAGGCCAGGGCUACUGUUAGCAUACUACAGUGCACACAGAACACCCCAAAUGAAAAGUUAUACUACCCCAAAUGUCACCAGUGCCAAAGUUGAGAAAUCCUACUCUAGGAAUAGGCUUCAUUCUUAACUAAUGAAAUUACUUUUCAUUUCAGAGUUUUGAAGCACCAUGUUCUUCAGUGUCACUUGAAAGUAUUCAAGACACAGAUCAAGAGAUGCAGAUAGUGGAAGAGCUUCAUGCUGCACGUGUGGGAAAAAGUUUGGAUUUACCAGUGGUUCCACCUCCUGGAGAGUUAGCGAAUAUGGAGGUUGACUCAGUUGAAGAUGUGCAGUCUUUUGCUGCAAAUACUGCUUCAGACAAAAAGCUUCUAAUUGUUAUUGACACAAAUAUUCUGAUGAAUCAUUUCAAAUUUGUUAGAGUUUUGAAGAAAACAGAAAUCCCAGGCUACGACAGCCUUGUGUUAAUAAUUCCCUGGGUGGUUGUGCAAGAGCUAGAUCGUAUGAAGGAUGGAAAACUACUAAAAUGUGCCCAGCAUAAAGCUAUACCUGCAGUUCAUUUCAUCAAUGAUAGUCUCAGAAAUCAAGAUAGAAAACUAUGGGGUCAAUCAAUACAACUUGCAUCUCAAAAACUUUAUGGACUCAGUGACGAGAACAAUGAUGAUCGAGUACUAAAAUGCUGUCUUCAGUACCAACAAUUAUUCCCUUGUUCUUUUGUUAUCCUGUGCACGGAUGAUAGAAAUUUAAGAAACAAAGGCCUAAUAAGUGGUGUGAAGUCACUCAGUAAAGAAGAAUUGAGUGCAGAGUUAUUAAAUUUACCUCUGAACACCAGUGUAUGUCCUCAGCCUUGUGUAUCUAUGCAGCAAUUGACAGCAGAAGCAACAACUCUGGAAAAGAGCUGUAAGAAAGAAUCUACAAAUUCUGGACUACCCAUUCUACUUGAAAGCAUCAUAUCUGAUCUUGAAAAAUCUCUUGGAACAGCUUUAUCUUCAAUAUUAGAAACAGAAAUGAAAAUUGCUUUUGGAAACCUCUGGAUAGAGAUGCUGUACUUGAAACCACCAUGGACUCUAAUGCAUUUGUUACGAUGCUUUAGAAAACAUUGGUUGGCUGUAUUUGGACUAGUAAUGGAAAAGAAUUUGCUUUUAACCAUUGAGAGUCUAAAUGAAAAUCUCUGUAAAGCUAACAAUGCAGUGGAUUUUACAACAGUGCAAUUUCUGCUUCAGGAUUCUAAAAAUUUGUUACAUGCUUUCAGUACAAGGUCAGAUUAUGAUGGUAUUCUCCCACAGGCCUUUGCUCAAGUAAACAAACUACUCCAAACAUUUACAGAGGUCAAGGCAAAACUUAAACAAAAUCCUUCAGAAAAUACAGUGGGUAAAAAGCAAGAAGAUAUUUCUUCGAUGAAGUCUAAUAGCCAAGAAAUCACCAUUUUCUCAGGUUCUCAUCUUCCCCAACCCAACAGGCAUCAAGAAAUCUGGUCCAUCCUAGAGAAUGUUUGGAUUACAAUAAAUCAGAACAGCAUGGAUGUGUUUCAAAGACUGGGCUCAAAUUCAUCUCUGACUUUUUCAAAAAUAGCGUCAUUUGAAGAAGCAUUUGUAUAUCUUCAAAAGUUAAUGGCAGACGUGAAGGGUAUUCUUGAAGCAAUUCAGAGGAUUUUGGCCCCCAGCAGUAAUUACCAAGAUACUGAGACCCUCUAUAACUUCCUAAUCAAAUAUGAGGUAAAUAAAAAUGUCCAGUUUACUACCCAGGAACUUCAUGACUGCAUUUCACAGACUGAGUAUCGGGAAAAGUUAACUAUUGGAUGCCGCCAGUUGGUUGAGAUGGAGUAUACAAUGCAGCAGUUCAAUGCAUCUGUCUGUAUGGAGGCCAGAAACCGGGGAUGGUGUGAAGACAUGCGGACCUAAGGCUGAACCAUAGGACCUAAGGCUGAGUUGUAACUUAAAAGGAGUUGCAUAUGUUUUCAAGAACAACAGAGUAGUUCCACCUUUUGAGCCAAACCCAAGAGAUGUGUGAGAAAUGUCUCAUAGGUAUAUAAGGAUGAUUGCUUAUUAAGAACGAUCUCCUUCCUUGAGUAUCUUAAAAGCCUAAUGCAUCCAUUGUGGGAUAAACUGUGGACUCAGUGCUUCUGAAAUUAACAAUACCUCCCUACCUCACCUGCUGAUACUGAGCCAGUAUGUCCACAGAAAGGAGAGCCAUCAUUUUAAUCCUCUUAGGGUAGGAGCCACUGUGGCAUCUGAGGAAAGCCUAGGGCACAGCGUUCACCUCUCUCUCAACCCUAAAUAUGGAUACAUGACAAGACACUUCCAAACCAUGCUCACCACAUUCCACAAAUAAAAUCUUCUCUGGACUCUUUUCUCUUCAAACUGUUUUUCAUGUAAACCUGGUGAACAUAACACACAUGCCUUCCACCUCCCCCGAGGUAAUGAGAAUAGAAUUUUGACUUCAGUUCCAACUUGCUAUAUAGCCUCAUCUCUCCUUCCCUGGGCUUGUCACCUACCUUUCAAUAUAUUUCUAAUGGGAAGAACAGGGAAACGGUACCGUUUCCCCUUAAACGUGAAGCAUCAUUGAUUUAUGGGAUUAGGUGGCAGUGACUGAUGUCUGCCCAUAGCUAAUGAGGUGUUUAUUUCUUAGUUAUACAGUAAGUUGGAAAUCCUUGUUUAUUAGAGUAUGCUUUUGGCAAUGCAUUAGAUCAAGUUAAUUUGGUAUUCUAUUAAAAAUGUUAAUUUAUUAUUUUUAAAAAGCAAUAAAGUAUUUUUAGUAAGA